AUGUCGCCAACUAUGAAGCAAUUGCUAGAAACCAUGUGUGGAGGUGACUUUAUGAGCAAAAGUCUUGAUGAAGCUUUUGAAUUUUUGAAUUAUGUGGCUGAAAUAUCAAGGUCAUGGGAUGAGCCACAUGAAAGGGAUUUACACAAGUCCAAGUCUCAAAGCAAUUCAAAAGGAAGAAUGUAUAUGUUGAAUGAAGAUGUUGAUCUACAAGCUAAAAUGAUAGCUUUGACAAAAAGGCUAGAGGAACUUGAAGCUAAGGGAUUUCAUGAGGUGAAUGCAAUAUAUGAUAAUCCAAUUUACAUGGAGCAAUGUUCUAAUUGUCAAUCUAUAGAACAUGAAGUGAGUGGUUGUCCUACAAUACCAUCCAUGGGGGAAAGACUUGUUGAGAAUCAUCUGAACAUGUCAUGGAAUUGUGGACAAGAACAAUUUUCUUCAAGGCAACACUCACAAAGCCAACAAUUCAUGGAAGACUCUCCACAACAAGUUUCUUUGGUUGAGCAAGCUAUUGUAAACUUGAGUAAAAUUUUGGGUGAUUUUAUUGGUGAUCAAAAGAAUAUCAAUAUUCAAGUAAACCAAAGGAUAGAUCAUGUGGAGACAUCUUUCAAUCAGAAAUUUGAUAGCUUGCAAACCAAUCUCACACAAAGGAUUGAUAAUAUGCAGCUUGCUAUUUCUAAGCUCACAAGCAUGCAUACGGUGCAAGAAAAAGGAAAAUUCUCUUCACAACCCCAACAAAAUCCAAGUGGAGUCCAUGAAAUUGGAGAGACAAGUGAAAGUUUUAUUGAGAAGGAUGAAGUCAAAGCAGUCAUUACCUUAAGAGGUGGUAAGCAAGUUGAUCAACCUAUGCCAAAACCAAAAGAGAAUAAAGAAGAGGAACAAAAGGAAAAUGUGAAAGAACAAGAAAAAGGGGAAGAGAAGAAAGAUAUGCUCUUAGCUCCACCUUUUCCCAAAGCUUUUCAAUCCAAGAAAGUGGUAAAUAAUGCUCCAGAAAUUUUUGAAGUUCUCAAGCAAGUCAAAGUCAAUAUACCACUCCUUGACAUGAUAAGACAAGUUCCAACCUAUGCCAAGUUUCUUAAGGAUUUGUGUACCAUAAAGAGAGGGAUGCAUUUGAAAAAGAAAGCUUUCUUGACUGAACAAGUUAGUGCAAUCAUCCAAUGCAAAACCCCAAUCAAGUAUAAGGAUCCGGGAUGUCCAACUAUCUCGGUGAAUAUUGGCAACACUUUUGUGAAAAGAGCACUUUUAGACUUGGGGGCAAGUGUGAAUCUUCUUCCUUACUCGGUAUAUAAGCAAUUGGGGCUUGGAGAACUACCAAGUGAGUGGAGUGCUCAAGACAAGAGGCAUUUCUUGGCUAAGAUCCAUGCUUAUUAUUGGGAGGAACCUUUUCUUUUCAAAUAUUGUGCAGAUCAAAUUAUAAGGAAAUGUGUUCCUGAGCAAGAGGCAUGUGAUCGGUGUCAAAGGCUUGGUAAGCUAACACGCCGAAAUAUGAUGUCCUUGAACCCCAUCUUAAUAGUGGAUAUCUUUGAUGUCUGGGGUAUAGACUUUAUGGGACCAUUUCCAAUGUCAUUUGGACAUUCCUACAUCUUGGUAGGAGUGGAUUAUAUCUUUAAGUGGGUAGAGGCAAUCCCAUGUAGGAGCAAUGAUCAUAAGGUGGUACUUAAAUUCCUCAAGGACAACAUCUUUGCAAGAUUUGGAGUGCCAAAGGCCAUUAUAAGUGACGGGGGAACCCACUUUUGCAAUAAACCUUUUGAGACUCUUCUAGCCAAGUAUGGGGUUAAGCAUAAGGUAGCUACACCUUAUCACCCUCAAACAAGUGGCCAAGUUGAGUUGGCCAACCGUGAGAUCAAGAAUAUAUUGAUGAAUGUGGUCAAUGUGAAUAGGAAGGAUUGGUCUAUCAAGCUCCUGGAUUCCUUAUGGGCUUAUAGGACCGCUUACAAGACCAUUCUAGGAAUGUCUCCCUAUCGCCUUGUCUAUGGCAAAGCGUGUCAUCUUCCAGUAGAGAUUGAGUAUAAAGCAUGGUGGGCAAUCAAAAAGCUCAACAUGGAUUUGACAAGAGCCGGGUUAAAGAGAUGUUUGGAUUUGAAUGAAUUGGAGGAAAUGAGGAAUGAUGCAUACCUCAAUUCAAAAAUUGCCAAAGCAAGAUUGAAAAAAUGGCAUGAUCAGUUGGUAAAUCAGAAAAAUUUUACCAAAGGACAAAAAGUUUUGCUUUAUGACUCUAAACUUCAUCUCUUUCCAGGAAAAUUGAAAUCCAGGUGGACGGGUCCUUUCAUAAUUCAUGAAGUGCAUCCCAACGGAGUGGUGGAAAUAUUCAAUCCCACAGGCAAUCAAACCUUCAAAGUCAAUGGCCAUCGUCUCAAGCCAUUUAUAGAGCCUUACAGUACAGACAAG